AUGGACGAUCCAGCCUUCAUGCUCUUGCAACUGCAAGAGAACCUCCAGUUCAUGCGCACACAGUUCGGUGCACAUGUCCUCUCAUGUGUGACCCACGACUCUGACGGCCAGCCUUACUGGACUUAUGUUCUUCUGAGCUAUGACAACUACGGCAAUGUGCAAGAGUACCAUGAGCCCAUCGAAGGACGUGCCGAAUGGACUAACCAGCCCUUGAAAGCACUCAAGCAGCUGCAUUUGAGAGUAGCUGGGUUCGUUACCAAGAGAUUGGUUCAUGACUGCCAUCCUCACUUGAGAACUUUGGCUCAGCAGCGAUACGAUGAGGAAGUGGAAGACCAUUCUUCCCGCGCAGACAACUACUCCUACCAAGGCCUUGGUGGCUCCCAACUAGGAAACUCCUCGUCAUCUACUUUGCGGUUCGCAUCACAACGUUUUGUCUCUGAUCCUCCUUCAUACCGAACUCAGGAUCCCAACGCGGUUCGACCAGCUCCACCAUCCCACGAGACAUUGUCUUCUGGUAACAGAAACGAACUCCGCAUGAGGCAAGCAUUAGAGCAUGGUAGAACAACCCAGCCUCAACAACUUGGCCCUGCCCAUUUUCUACAGCCUUCUCCUGCUUUGGGCUCGGAGUCCUGGUCGUCUAGGGACACAAACUCGCAAGUCUAUCGUUAUGCAUCUGUCGAGCGCUCAGAGAACAAUGGCACCAAUGUCCAGGAUACCGAUGCACUGCCUCGGUCUGCUCGUGUCCAGUUGCCACCGACCCAGUCUCAACAUCCUGGCGAAGGCGUGAGAUCUUCAGCUUCUGAGAACACGAACCCUGGACGUCAGCUCGCACAUGUCAAUCCUUCUACGAUCUCCCUGCAGCAAGAAGCCCAGCCAUACUAUGGCGCAAGAAGCAACCUCUCGGGCAUUCGCACACAGCCAGACAAUGCUGCUGAAGCCAGUAGAGCUGCCAGAGCACAGCCUUCACGCUCUGCCAGAAAUGCCAGUCCAACACCUCCUUGGAUGAGAAACAUGCGUAACCUGCGCAUCUCACCAAACUCCAUACCUCGACCACCAGUAACCACUUCUGCUCUACCAGAGCCUUUGCGCUCGCAUCCCCCACAAUCAAGACCCUCUUUCACCGUCACGAUGGACCAGGAAACCAUGACAGAGUUUGAUGAGUUUAGACGCAGAUCCGUCCCUCAGCAGCGUCCUAACAUCGCCACACUCUCCCGCAUCGAGCAAGAAGCUGCAGAAUUCUUGAAUCAAGACACUAAUGCAGUAUCUUUUGAAGAAAACGCUCUUGCUUCGCUGGCUGCACAACUGGGUAUUAGAUUGCCUGAAAGUAGAAGGCUAUCUUCUCCUGCUUCCGAUGAGACUGUCACGGCGUAUGAAGCUCCUCGCUGUCGUCGUAGGAUGACUCAGAGACGCUAUGAUGGCUGCAGGGAGAUUGAGGGCCCACUGCGUCCUCCUGCACCUUCUCCUCCGCUAAACAGCUACUACCCUGCUAAUGUUCCUGUCUACCCACCUACGCUUGCGACUUCACGCUCAGAAGCUGAGAUACAGAGGGCUUAUAGCACCAACAACAGAGCUUCCUCUAGCAACAACGCGAGUAUGGGCCGCAAUGUCUCUUUUGGCGAGGGAAGUGAUGCAAGUGUUGUGAGAAGACCUUCCACGCACAACGACGAUCACUUGGUCCUCAGCAGCAGCGAUGAGGAAGAAGAUGGAGGAAGAGGAAUCAGACGUUCUUCUUCACAGCUCCAGCAGAGUGAAGGCGAGCAAAUCCAGCAAUCACUCCCUCCCAAUUUCAACGCCAGAGCCCGCAACACCUUCAAAGUAAUGAGAAGAAAAGUCAGCGACACCAUCAACAGCGGCAAACGCUUCACCUCCAUACCUUGA